CUGAAGAAACUGGAGCACGCGCUUCUCUCGGACGCCAUCACCCUCGUGACGUCAUCGUACUCCAAGCUGACGUCAACGAGCACCAGUCACACACCCAAGACCUUUAGAGAAGAGCUGAACAGGAUCAUGAGACAGAAUGGCGUUGUGGGCGCCACGGGUCAGCUGUCCUUUGACAGUCAGGGAAAGAGAAGCAACUUUACUUUGAACAUCACUGCCAUUGGGGGCGCCGAGUACAACACGAUUGGUGAGUGGGUUUCUCGGGUGGAAAUCUUUGAUACCCGCUUGAGACUUAACGCCCAGAACAACGGAAAUCGUUCCACGCCGUUUCCACUCAAAGGUCGAGUGGCUAAGGUCGUCAUGAUCGAGGAGCGCCCAUUCACCAUGCUGAAGCGAGAUCACAUUUCCCGGAAGGGCAACGACAGGUUCCAGGGGUUCGCUGUCGAUCUUAUCGAUGAGAUCGCGCGAAUGCUCGACUUUGAAUACGAGAUUUACCUGGUGCAUGACGGGAACUUCGGCUCCAAAAAGUCUAAUGGCGAAUGGAACGGGAUGAUCGGAGAGCUUCUGGCAGGGAACGCCACCAUGUCGGUGGCUCCACUCAGCAUCAACUCGGACCGUGAGGAGGCCGUGGACUUCACCAAGCCCUUCAUGACCCGCUACAUCAGCGUCCUGAUGAGGCUGCCGCGGCGUGAGACGUCAUACUUUGAGUUUCUGAACCCGCUGUCGCCGAUCGUGUGGAUCUGCACGAUGUGCUCCUUUGUCGUGGUGUCGAUCGUGCUGUACAUGCUGGAGCGCAUUGGCACGGCCCCAGCACGCGCCGACGGCCCCUUGCAGCAGCGCGCACCUCAGAUCACCAUCCGCGAGGCCUUCUGGUUCAUCUUUGGCUCCCUGCUGCAGGGCAACACGGACUCCUCGCCCUCCACCAUUCCAGGCCGCAUUCUGACCAGCGCGUGGUGGUUCUUCGCCUUGAUCCUCAUCUCGUCCUACACGGCCAACCUGGCGGCCUUUCUAACCGUCAAGAAGAUCAACACACCGAUCAAGUCAGUCACGGACCUCGCCCAACAGAACAAAAUCAAGUAUGGGACAGUCAAGUCCAGUGGAGUCAUGUCCUUCUUCAAGAACACCAAAAUCGAGCAUUUUGCCAAGAUGUGGGCCCAGAUGUCCGAGAUCGAGCCGGACUCCAUGGUGGACAACACGAGUGUGGGUUUUAUGCAGGUCAAGGAGCAGGACUACGCCUUCUUCUGGGACACCACCGUCAACAAAUACCACACCAUCGUCGACUGCGACCUCAUGGAGAUAGGCCCGCCCUUUGACCCCAAAGGCUUUGGCAUAGGCGUGCCGCCUGGCGCCACCUACAGGGAGGAGUUGUCCAUGGCUAUACUAAAGCUCAGCGACAGAGGACGCUUGCACGAACUGGAGACGAGGUACUGGGGCAACCGGAACUGCCCCGACCUGUCGAAGCCCUCAUCAGACGAGACGAGCGAGCUUCAGAUUGAAAACGUCGCUGGCGUCUUCUUCAUCCUCGUUGGCGGAAUUAUCAUCGCUGCUGUGGUCUGCCUGGGCGAGUACGUGGGACACGCUCUGCUGCGCGCCUCCAAGCUGGAAACCAAGGGUCCCGAAAAUGGCUACGGAACAGGUGAAGCCUUUCUUUGAUGUGGUUACUUCCUGCUCACCUGAUUUUAGAAACGGAAAACUAAAAUCCUGCAAGGACUGUGCCAAUGGUGAGAGCUGACUUCACAACAACAAGAGCCUGUGUGAUUUAAUUGCCACGUUCCUAAAUAUUCAUCACAACUUUCGUUAUGCGCCUCUUCUUGGUUUUCUUCGUCUGCUGGGUGAUGACUGAUUCUGUUCUCAAAAAUCACUUCACUGGAACUGGUUCCUAUGGGCGCAUAACUUUUCUUCCUGCUUUCACGAGUGCUACGAGGCGUACAGCAAUAAGUGGAUUCUAUUUAUUAACUGCACUGAAUUUCUAGAUGUCCGUGGUAAUGCAUUUUCUAAAUGAGUCACAAAGCUCACCAACACAAAAUGGUGUAGAUGAGUUUUUCAGUGAACUCUUGGUCAAUUUUUUCCAAGCUGUACAAGAUUUGUUUUGAGAAUUAAUUCCUUGACUGGUUACUUUUUUAUACACAUGAUUAGAAAAUCAUUUUAGGAGUUAAAUUUUUAAUAUCUAAAGAAAGUAGUAAUUGACAGAAAUUCCUUCCUACUUAGCUGCAUGCAUGUAUGCAUUUAUUAAAGUCUCACACUCGCAGUUGUGCAAUCACGAAUAAUGUAUAAAUGUAUGUAUUUUUUCCUCUGCGCGUGCUUGUGUGUGAUCUGUGUGUUUAUGUAUACUCGUGUGCUCACAUUCGUGUGUGUGUGUGCUUCUGUGUUUGCGCGAGCACUUUUGAUAGUUGUGUCUCACAGAUGUCUGAAUCAUUAUCAUGCUCGUAUGAUUGGUGAUAGUGAGGCAUUUAAAGUGUGUGAAUGUAUUUUUAAUAUUGUCACAAAUGUGCCGAUUUCCUGUACAUAUUUGUAAAUUAUCAAUGUAGAACUUACAAACUACAAUGAACUAUUUCAAACUGUUUGCUCACAUUCUUCGUAAAGAAAUAAACUAGAAUAUUUCUUAUAACCAUUUUCAAAGAAAUUGUGAAUUGUGUGGGGGAAAAGAAGAAAUUUUUUAUGUUUACUCGAGUAAUCAGUAAUGUGUUCAUAUGUGCAUCGCAAUAAUUUUCUAGUCAUCGCCUUCAGUCCCACUUUAGUUGACUUUGGCUCUGAAAUGGCGAACACAAUUUGCUAAUGUUAAAUAUAUACGUACGUACAUACAGACAGGCUGCAGGGUAAGUGUAACGUAUUCUUCAUUCAGUCCAUUGGGUCGAGUCGAACAAUGCAUACAUUUCGUCGCUUGCUCUCUUCUAUCAUUUUGCCUCAUGUCAAGAGCACACAACCCUUGUAGUCUUGUCUCGUCGUUCUUGACGGAUUACUUCCCUUACAGCUGGAGUGCACGUUUGUGUAGUUAACUUGCAUGCAAACUGUAUGUGCGAUACCUGUAAAAAAAAAAAACACCUCUGUCCAGGUCUGGGGUUUUUUUCGAUUUUAUUCAUGGACCUUUCUUUUUUUGUGGUUAUGCCAUGUAACUAUACUUGAACCGUGAAUCUGUGAAAAACUUUGACAUGUACAGCAUCAGGUAUUUAUAACAUGCACAGUUGCAAUGUACCUGACUGUACUUUUCAGAGUAAAGCGAGUAGUGCUCAGGAUGGUGUCCAAAUAUCCACACACAUGCUAAUGUUUGACUAAUACACGGAUUGUUGGGUUAAACUCUACUUCGGACAGUUUUUCAUAUAUAUAUAUGUGUGACACACACAUAUGUGCCCGUAUGUACACCAACUCUCCCAACUUUUUAUCUGCCUACAGAAGGCGUGCAAGUUGAUUGCACAUUCUUGUACCUCUGAUCAAGUAACAUCACAUGUAAACAGACGGCGUGGAAUCCUCCCCUGAGAAGCUGAAAUGUCCGGAAGUUUCAGCACCAUCAGAUGUAAUUUUUCUCCUUCUCUUCAUCAAACAUCAGCGCUUGUGGAUAUUAGGAUGCCAUCGUGAGCACUGCUCGCUUGUCGAAAUUCUCGUUUUAUUUUUGUCUUCUAAUACCAGCCGUCAAAAUACACUUGUCUGGCUUUUACUUGACACUUUUGGAGGUGUGUUUCUGUUGGGAACUGGAGAAGACUGCACAUGGCAAAAGACUCAACUUCUAGGAAGACUGUUAUGCACAAUAUUUCAUUUUUACAUAAAGCCAAGAGCUACCCUCUUCUAGUGUUGUGCGCGAAAAUUGUGAUAAUAAAAUAAUAAGAAAAAUGUCACCAGAA